ACUCGAGCUAGGGUUUUUUUUCAUGUUCUCUCCCCCACCAACUGCGCAGUGAGAGACGAGUUACGCUGGAGAAGUAAUUCGACCAAGAAGGCAGACUCUGAAGCGAUUAUGAGCUACGAAGGUAACGGAGGAGGCGGCGUUGCCACCGCCAUCGAUAACCACAACAGUAACGACAACCACUAUGCCGUAGAUGGGGCUUCUCCUCAUUCUCGUGGCGGUGAAAACGAUCAUGGUGACUCUAAAUCUCGGCAUGAGUCCCAUGAUGUUGAAAAAGAAUCUUCAAGAAGCAAGGAAAGAGACAGUGAAAGGGGACGUGAUAAGGAUAAAGAUAAGGAACGCGAUCGUCACCGCGAGAAGGACAGAGACAGGGAGAGAAGCAAGGACGGGGAUAGAGAGAGAAGCAGGGAUGAAGAUAGGGAGAGAAGUAGGGACAGGGACCGAGACCGUCAUCACAGACAUAGAGACCGUAGCAGGGGACAUAGUGAGAAAAGGGAACGUGAGAGGGAUGGUGGUGAUGAUGAUGAUGAUUAUCACCGAAGCCGGGACCGUGACAGGAGGAGGGAUUACGAUCAAGACAGAGAGGACAGACACAGGCGACAUAGAUCACGGUCACGGGGUCAUUCAGAACGUAGGUCUAGGUCUGAACAUAGAUCACGGUCACAUUCCCGGUCCCGUUCACGUUCACGUUCUAAGAGCAAGAGGGUAAGCGGAUUUGAUAUGGCACCACCUGCCUCUGCAAUGUUAGCUGCCACUGUUGUUGCUGCAGCAGCAGGUCAGGUUCCUGGGACAACAAAUACUGCCAUCCCAGGGAUGUUCCCCAACAUGUUCCCUAUGGUCCCUGGUCAGCAAUUGGGAGCUCUUCCUGUUAUGCCAGUUCAGGCAAUGACGCAACAGGCCACCAGGCAUGCUCGGCGAGUCUAUGUUGGGGGCCUUCCUCCCACUGCUAAUGAACAGUCGGUUGCAACCUUCUUUAGCCAAGUGAUGUCGGCUAUUGGAGGAAAUACUGCUGGACCAGGCGAUGCUGUCGUCAACGUGUAUAUAAACCAUGAAAAGAAGUUUGCUUUUGUAGAAAUGAGAUCUGUCGAGGAAGCCAGUAAUGCAAUGGCAUUAGAUGGAAUCAUAUUUGAGGGGGUACCUGUAAAAGUUAGGAGGCCAACGGACUAUAACCCGUCCCUUGCUGCAACUCUUGGUCCGAGCCAACCUAAUCCCAAUCUCAACUUGGCUGCUGUGGGGUUGGCCCCUGGUUCCACUGGGGGGCUCGAGGGUCCAGACCGUAUUUUUGUGGGUGGUCUCCCUUACUAUUUCACAGAGGCACAAAUCAGAGAGCUGUUGGAAUCAUUUGGACCGCUCAGAGGUUUCAACCUCGUGAAAGACAGGGAAACAGGAAACUCAAAGGGAUAUGCAUUCUGCGUGUACCAAGAUCCUUCAGUUACAGAUAUCGCGUGUGCUGCUCUUAACGGGAUUAAGAUGGGUGAUAAGACUCUUACAGUCAGGCGUGCAACCCAGGGUUCUAUUCAGCCUAAACCUGAACAGGAAGACAUCCUACUUCAUGCCCAGCAGCAGAUUGCUCUUCAGAGGCUUAUGCUUCAACCAGGUGGGUUGCCCACAAAAAUAGUCUGCUUGACUGAAGUGGUUACAGCUGAUGAUCUCAAAGAUGACGAAGAAUAUGAAGAUAUAAUGGAGGACAUGAGACAAGAAGGUGGAAAAUUCGGCAACUUGGUGAAUGUGGUGAUUCCACGCCCUAAUCCAAACGCUGAACCGACCCCAGGAGUAGGAAAGGUGUUCUUGGAGUAUGCGGACACGGAUGGUGCGUCUAAGGCCCGGGCCGGAAUGAACGGUCGGAAAUUUGGAGGAAACCAAGUGGUGGCUGUGUAUUACCCAGAGAACAAAUAUGCACAGGGAGACUACGAAGGCUGAUUUAUCCGGUCUCUCUUUCUCUCAAAUGCUUUAGGAUUAGGCUACAGCUCUGUCUCUUUAGUUUUGCCUGUCAGUACCAAUGGAUUAUUAUUACGCUGUUAUUGCUGUUGUUGGAAGAAUCUUUUGCUCUGUAGUGUUAAACGUAGAUGUCUAUGGAUCAUGAAUGAUGGUUUUGUGUGUUUUUUUCAUUUGUAAUGUUUGGAUUGGAUCUAUCGAAUGGUAAUGCACUGUAAUCGCAGAUUAUUACCAAA